GGGAAGUCCAAGUUACUUGAAAAUGAAAGUACUCGUACGUCCGAGAAGCAGUUGCUCUGUUAAAACAUUGUUGACGAAUGGAGUCAUCUUUGAUGGUGAAUAUUACAGCUUUAUCUCAAGAAGAGUGACGGUAUACCGAUAUUGAGUUGAAUGGUAGAUAACCUUGGAUUGGCCACAUUUAUCAUUUGAUAACAAUGGGCACUAACAAAAUUGCUAUAAAGGGUCUACACAAGGAGACAUCAGAGGACUGCCUUGAGCUGUACUUGGAAGAUUUAUUUGGAGAAGAUGAUGAUAAUGAGUUUGAAGUUAAAAUCAAAUCUGAUGGCACAGCUAUCAUAAUCUUUCAAGAAGAAAUAAAAGAUGCAGCUGAUUUGCAAGAAAAGUGCAAUCAGAAUCCAUUAGAAAACAGUAGACUUCAGUUCGUAAUUUUAUCUGAUGACGAAGAAAACAAGAAUGAUGAACGUUGUGAAUUCGAAGAUGAACUAUUAGAGAUUGAAACAAUUCAUUUGGACCCACAAAAUCCAGAAUAUCGGAAUCCUAAUGCAAGUUAUGUCAGUCCAAGGAUGGAUGCAUUUUCUGGUUGCAUAGUGGAACAUGAUGAUGGGGUACCACCAAAGGGGGCAAUGGCAGGGACUUUGCCCAAAAUUGCUGUUGAGAAACAUGGAGAUGAUUCAUAUGUCAGUCUUAAUGAGCACAUUGAUCUGAGUGACUCUGAUUCUGAUGAUGUAGCAGCUUAUAGUGAAAUCUUCAACAGAGAUGCUAAGAGUACUACUAUUAAUAGCCCUGGUAUAUCUUGGAGUGAUUAUGAUUCUGACGAGAAUAUACAGAGGACAAAUACUUUUUCAGAUGAGGAAUCUGAAGAUGAAACACACAAUGUUGCUGACCUGUUGAAAAACAUGUGUAAAGAUAUGCCAGUUAGAACUUUACAUCCUCGUGAUCAUAGCCAUGAACGUGAAUAUGAUUUGCGCACAAAGGAACGGUCAACCUUACUAGUCAAGCCUGAAACACAAAUGGAGAAGUCUGAACCUGCUGAGUAUCAUUGUCAAAGAGUCAUGGAAAGGGUUCGUGACAUCGAGAGUAAUUCAGAGUCUCCCCCAAUAUCUCCAGGAAUCAAAAAUGCUGAGUAUCAUCGUCAAAGAGAGGAGCAUUGUCCCAAAGAUAAAAUGGAUGUUCCUAUAUAUAGCUCAUUGGAAGAGACUGACCCCAUUCCAAAUGUUUGGGGCAUUGCUAGUACUGCAAUAAAGUGGAAGAGUAAGAAAGGCAAAGAAGCCAAAGAAAGACAAGCUGUCAGUAGCAAUACUGGGAACCCAAACUCACAACCAGUAGAGCAGACUAACGCCACACCUGCCAAGAAAGACAGCGUCUUCACUACUGCUCCCAAAGCAGAAAAGAUGCCUUGGAAAAAUGAAGUCUCCACUACUGCUAAUCAAGAAGAAAAGAUGGAUUGGCAAACUACAGAAAAUAAACCAGUCAAGGAAACAAUCGAAAAAGUGUCUCCGUCAGAAGCACAGCAGCAUAUUGCUAUCCCAAAAAAGGUUGAGGAACUGAUGACUGAAAAGAUUCCAGUCCAAUCCCCCAAAGUAGUUGAGCUCUUGAAAAAGGAGAAUGUAUUUGGAGAGGUCAGAGUAAGGUACCCCGGAUGUACUAUCAAAGGAAGAGAGAAUGAGGUUGUGAUUCAGUUAACAGAUAAAACACAACUUGCAAAAGCAAAGGUUGAAGUCAUGGAAAGGGUUCGUGACAUCGAGAGUAAUUCAGAGUCUCUCCCAGUAUCUCCAGGACUCAAGAAUGUUUUCUAUAAAAACAAAGGACUUGAGGCCCUCGAUCAUGACCUGCACACUUCAAAAUUACAAGUAUUGGCAUCUGUAAAGAAAGGCAAGAUAACAUUCUACUCAGUUGAAAGGACACAUGUGCAAGAGGCAUGCGAAAAGUUCAGAACAUUAUUUGAUAACCGGAAAGUCCAUCUCCCAGAAGGUUCAGACGGUCUGUUAGACAGUGAGAAAUGGAAACAGUUGGUCAGUAGGCUUCACUCAGAAAAGAUUCUAUCCAUAUUUUUUCAACGUGGUCGCAAAGAUGUGGAAAUAGUUGGGAUAAAGCAAGAUGUAGACAAUGCAGCUUCCAAAUUAAAGGCAUUCAUAGAGGAAAACAACAUUACUGAAAUUUCUCUUGACAUCCAUCCUGAUGUGAUGCAUCACUUUGAGAAGUUUGGGAAGGAUAGUCUGCUGUCUGACGCUGGACUCAAUAGCACAACUAUAACUUUGUUCAGGAAACAAAAUAGAUAUAUUGUAAAGGGGAAGGUAGAACAAGUUAAAGCAAUAAAGGAAAGCUGGGACAAGCUGUCCAAAUCCAUACAAGUGAAAACGUUUCCUGUGACUAAACCAGGUAUGGGUGGAUUUCUGACAAGUGAAAUGGGCCACGCUUUGUUGAAGUCACUAGAGACAAAGACCGAAAACAAAGGAAUUUGCAUCAGUGUUAAAUUACAAAGGAAUAAAGGAGGCAAGUAUGAUGACAAACCAGCUGUAGCACCAAAGCCACUAACUGGCCCAUCUGGGCAAAAGGCCACACAAAGACAAAGGGCACCCUCACCAAAAAGACAUGGGGACAACACUAAAAUGUUCAAUAACAUAAAGUUGACAUUAGUUGAGGGAGACAUUAGCGUUCAAAAGGCGGAUGUCCUUGUGAACUCAUGUUCUAGAACUGUGAUGGAAAUUCAAAGUCCCGCAUCUGGUUUGUUAAGUAUGUUUAGCCCUAAAUCAAUAAAAGCAUCACCCACCACAUUGGCAUUCAUAAAGCAAGGAGGAAAUGGAUUCAUCAAGAAUUUAGAAAUGGAAAAGGCCAAGUUAGGUGACGGGAAUGCAGAUUAUGGGUCAACAUUUGUGACUAAUGCCAGUGGAUCAAUACAAGCCGACUAUGUAGUCCAUGCAGUUUGCCCACUCAGUCAGGCAGGGCCAUCCAGAUUAUCUGACAUGUUUACGGAGUGUUUCAAAGAGGUUAACAGAAAAGGAAAGACCAGUGUGGGUGUCCCAGCAUUGGGUAGUGGAAAUUGUGGCUUCAGCACUAAAGAAGUCUGGGAUGCCAUCUCUAAGGCACUUUACAGUUCUCCUAAACAAGCUUCAUUAAAGGAUGUUACCUUGGUUGUCUAUGGCGAUGCCAUAUUCACGGACUACAAACGUGUUCUAAAUGGUAGUGGCAGUGUAAGUAGCGGUAGUAGAAGCAGUGGCAGAAGUGUUAGUCCGACCUCAUUCCACAAAAGUGGAGGUGGAAGAGGGUCAUCUCCACCUGCUAGACCUAACACAAAAACGCCCCAUAAACAAUUUGGGAAUAUUCAACUCAACAUUAAGCAAGGGGAUAUCAGUAAAGUCAAGGAUGAAGUGCUUGUGAAUAUAUUGGGAAAUCCCCCAGAUCUUCAGAAAUCGAAAUCUGUGAUAUCAAAAGCAUUUCUCAAUCAAGGAGGAUCUCAGUUGGCUGAGGAAGUAAAAUCUAAAGUCACCAGAGAUAUCGAUUGGGGGAGUGUGAUUGUAACUCGUAGUGCUGGCAAUCUCCAGUGCCGUAAUGUAAUACAUGCCAUAUGUCCAGCCUUCAAGUAUGACCACGAUGGAAAUAUUCUGCAAAGAAUGAUAGGACGUUUGUUAGGGGAAACCUCAAAACUUGGUUUUUCUAGUCUGUCCUUACCACCAAUCGGUCCAGGUGGACUCAACCAGUAUCCAAUCAGUGUAUUUUACAAAGCCUUGGAUCUUAGUCUAAAGAAAUGUACUGCUAUGAAAACUUCGAUCAAGCAUGUGAACUUGCAUGUGUUUGACGGCAGUAUGUGUGGUGCGUUAAUUAAUGAGAUGAAUGGCGGCAGUAGUCAGCAAGCCAAUUCACACACUGGACACAAACAUCAACCCAAAGCAGAAGAUCGUAAGAAAGAAUUUCAAAAACAAUCACCAGCAAAAACAGGACCAUCAAUACAUGCAAGGAAUGCAGUGGAUGUCUGUAUAGUUGGGUUCAAAGCAGACAACGUGAAUGCAGUUGAAAAGAAAAUUCAGCAGAUUGUAGAAGAAAACUAUGAAGAGGAAAAAAUCCAUGAAGAACACUUAACUGUCGGUGAUGUAAUUGGAAUGAUGACUGAUGAACAAAAGAAGAUGAUUUUCGUUGAAAGUUCAAAAUCCGGAGACUUAAUAUUGAAAGGGAACAGAGGUGCAGUUGAUGCAACAGCCAAAAAGAUUCACAAACAAAUUCUCAAAGAUGCAGCUCUUGGAGAGAAACGUGCUCAGUCUGGAACGAAGGCUUUGUUACAUCAAAUAUGCGAUAAUAAACUUCAAAGUAUUUAUCCAGACUAUUGGAAGAACAAAUUAUUCAAGAAUAUAGUAACAGUGAAAGAUCCGAAGAGGAUACAAGAAAUCACUAAACUGUUUACAGCAGAAUGGGGACAAGGGGGCACAUGGAAGUCACACCUAAUUGGACAAGGAAACGAUGCAGUGGGUUUGGGGAACUAUAAAAGAAUAAAGGUAACGAAUAUUGAACGAGUGGAAAAUAAAGAUGUGUUUAAGCAGUAUUACGCUAAGCUACAAGUUAUGUGUGGAGCUGCUAUAGCUAAAAAGAUUCAACCAAUUGGAUAUGCCAACCAGUCACCAGUCUUCACUUCAACACUUGGACUGUCCACACUGGAUAGUGCGCUGAUCACCGAAGUGAAUGAGUGCUACUUAUUCCAUGGAGUUAAACCAGAAUAUGUUGAUGGCAUAUCAAAGCAUGGUGCAGAUGCAAGGAUGAGCAAGAAUGCAAUGAUGGGCUCUGGUAUUUAUAUGGCGGAGAGCUCAACUAAAUCUGAUCAAUAUUCAGAUCACAAACCGAAUCCCAUUACUGGGAAGGGACGUGUGGCUAAAGGAACAGACCUAAAGAUGUUUCUAAUGCGUGUACUGCUAGGCAAUGUAUAUGUUGCUGAAAGUGACUAUGACUUCAAGAUGCCUCCUUGUCUGAAAUACAAAAAAGGAUGUAACGAUAUACAGUGCUCUAAAGGACACGAUAAAUAUGAUUCUGUUAUGGCAAUUUAUCGUCCAAAAACCAACCCAAAACAACCUUUGAACUUUAGAGAAUUCAUUGUGUAUGAAAAGUCACAUGCCUAUCCAGAGUAUAUCAUCACAUAUCAGAGGAUAUAGUAUAGCACCUGUAAUAUUUGGUAAUGUGAUGUUGGCUGAUUCAAGAAAACACAGAGAUUUUAAACCCUUGGAUGUGCAUAUCCACAUCAAAGGAAUCAUAUGCCAUAGUAUUUAUUUAAUCGGGAAAGUGCGAGUACUGUAGCAGUCCACAUAUAUGUAGACUUUCGCAUUACGAAACGUUCGCAUUACAUCCGAACAUGGCGCAAUAUAUUCUCAGCAUGUGAUUCUAUA